AAAUUACCAUUUAAUUGUUAUUUUAUUUGGCCUUUUUCCAAGGUCUGAAAACAAAAAGGACCCCUUGUAAUUGGUUAUAAAAGCAAUAAUCUUUAUCAACUGAAAGAUACCGGUGCACAUAACCUGACGACAAUUAGCCUAAUUGGAAUAGCGACGCUCGAUAUUUAGACGAUUUGUUAGUUAGUUAGUUGAGUGGAACAUGGGAAAUAGCACGUAUUGAAAAAAUGAACCUGAAGCUUGUGCCAUUUCUACAUUAUCAACGCUUCUUGGGCCUCACAGACUUGGACUUCUCCGAAUCGCUACAAGUUUACUGGCUCCAUGCUACAUGGACUUCGAUUGUCGCUCAGAUCCUGGUCAUUGGACUUUUUGUGUCCUCUCUGGUGGCAGCAUUUGCCGACUCCCUGUACUACAUGGACACCAAGUCCCAGACCGGGAACAGAUAUGACAGUGCUGUGAUCCUGGCCGCCUCGGUGAGUCAGCUGCUAGCCAACUUUUGGUUCCGGUCGCAGCAAGAAUCCCAGGAAAUCCUGCUGCACCGUCUUUCGAAGCUGGUGAGGCGAUUGCAUUGCGAGCCACUGGAAAUGUCCAAGCCCCGUUGGCUGUACUACAUUUGGCUAGUGGUGACUCUACUCUAUGUUUCCAUGGUGGCCAAAUUUGGAGUCCAGUGGUUAACAAACAUGCAGUUGAGCCGGGUUCUAACCCUGCUGGGAUUUGUUGCUCGCUGCAUUUUGGGCAACUUCCAGUUUACCUGUUACACCAGCAUGGUGUUAGUUCUGCAAAGGCUUCUGCAGGCCCAAGUGGAGCAGCUGGAGAAUCUGGUGUCCGGCACCACCAUCUCAAUGGCUGAUCUGGCCGCCUGUUUGAGAGCUCACGACGAGAUCCUGCUGCUUGGUCAACGGGAAUUGAUUGCAGUUUACGGCGGAGUCCUACUCUUUCUCUUCUUGUAUCAGGUCAUGCAGUGUGUUUUAAUACUAUAUGUCAGCGAUGCCGUGGGAUUCCAGACAAACGUGGACCUGAUCUUGAUUCUCUGUUGGAUGGCGCCAAUGCUCUUCUAUCUCUGCCUACCUUUGGUCGCUAAUGACGUACUUAAUCAGGCCAACAAAACAGCAAAGAUAUUGGCUAAAGUUCCUAGAACCGGAACUGGUUUGGAUAGAAUGAUUGAAAAAUUCCUACUGAAGAACCUUCGACAGCAGCCCAUUCUAACAGCCUAUGGAUUUUUUGCCCUGGAUAAAAGCACCUUGUUUAAGCUAUUUACAGCAAUAUUUACGUACAUGGUGAUUUUGGUUCAGUUCAAGGAAAUGGAAAACACUACAAAGACCAUUAACAAAUUUUGAUGACUUACCGAAUCGUAUGU